ACCAAGCUUCCCCACACCAUAUAUACACGGAAACACACAUUCACUCUCUAUAUCUCUCUCUCUUCUUUCCAAGAAGACGACUGAAAAGUCGUCUCUCUUUCUUUCUUACUUAAGAAAUUUUCUCGGAAAAUCCAGCUGAAUAUUACUUAGUCAGGAGAAAAGGUACAAAUAUAGUAGGAGUGUGUGCGUGCGUAUCUAUCUAUCUAUAUAUAUAUAUACAUCAUGGGGAGAGGAAGAGUGGAGAUGAAGAGGAUCGAGAAUAAGAUCAACAGACAAGUGACAUUCUCGAAGCGUCGUUCUGGGUUGUUGAAGAAGGCACAUGAGAUCUCUGUGCUUUGCGAUGCCGAAGUCGCCUUGCUCGUCUUCUCCACUAAAGGAAAACUCUCUGAGUACUCCACUAAUUCCAGAUCAUUCGUUCAUGACAGCAUGGAGAGGAUCCUGGAACGGUAUGAAAGAUAUUCAUAUGCAGAGAGGCAGCUUCUUUCAAAUGAUCCUGAACAAACUGGAAGCUGGACUCUGGAACAUGCAAAGCUCAAGGCUAGGAUGGAUGUUUUGCAAAGAAACCAGAAGCAUUUCAUGGGUGAAGAAUUGGACUCCCUAAGUAUGAAGGAGCUUCAAAAUCUGGAGCAACAACUUGAUUCUGCACUCAAGCACGUAAGGUCGAGAAAGAACCAGCUCAUGUAUGAAUCCAUUUCAGAGCUCCAGAAAAAGGAUAAGGCAUUGCAGGAGCAAAAUAACAUUCUGACAAAGAAGAUAAAGGAGAAAGAGAAAGAAAAAGCUCAACAGGCGCUGUUGGAACAGCAGCAGGUCAAUCAUGAUGUGGAAUCAUCUUCCAAUAUCCUUCUACCACAGUCGAUGCAAACCUUGGAUAUUGGUGUGUCGAAUUACCCGGGCAGAGGUGAUAAUGGAGACGGGGAGGACGAAGCACGUGAAGAUCAAAAUCGAGGCAUUAAUAGCCACCUGCCUUCAUGGAUGCUCAGCAACCACAAUGGAUAAAAGGAAGGACAUACUAUAGAGUGUACUCCUCGAACUUCAAUCGGAAAACUCAAGGCAGAUACAACUGUACGACGUGCUUCCAGCAUGGUGUUCGUGUUUUUUAAUUUUCUUUUUGGGACGUACGCUAUAAAACAAAAUAACUCUUUUGCAUGUAUGUACAAUACACUACUGGUACGUGGAUGAACUGAGCUCCUCGAUCACUAUAUAGACUGGUAAACUAAGUUUGUACGACAACUCUUUAUAUAUAUACAUAGCUUACCAUGCUUGUUAGCUAGUAGUAUAUAUGUAUGUGUUGAAACAGUACUAGUCGUACGCUUUUUUUGUUGUAUAAACUUUUCAUCGAUACUACUGGAUCGUGUAUAUAUGCUCUACUUUGUUGCUCCUUA